AUGUCACUGACCCGCUUCCCGCGCGCGUCUGCACCACUCCUGCGCGCUGCACCCUUGCAGCUGCGCAGAACCUACGCCACAGAACUACCGCGGCCUCCCCCUUCCACUCCUCCCCCGGCCGAAACCUUCUCCGGCGCAUCGAAACCACGCGAGUAUUAUGCGCGCCCCGCUCCGAGAGAUCUGCCCCCCUAUCGACCGGCCUGGCCCAUGCUGCUUCUCGCCGGGGCUGCGGGUAUAGGCGUCUGGGUCCUUUUCUUCCAGUACACCUCCAACACCGAACGGAUGCAUAGCUCGAUCGUGCAGCGUAUUCUGACCAUUCUUCGAAAUGAUCCUGAAGUACGGGACACGCUUGGGGACGCGAUACGUUUCGAGCCGACAUGGUGGUUAAAUGGCGACCCUUGGGUAUCUGGCUCGAUUGCUAUGAUGAAGGGGAGGAAUGACCUUAGCUUCAGAGUCAAGGGCCACAAAGGUGCCGGAACUGUCUACUUCACCGACAUCCGCAAGAGGGGGGAACCUUGGACAACGUUACGCUUCAAGAUUAUCGCCGACAAUGGGGAGGUCAUUCAACUGACCUUCGACUAA